UGAAUUAGAAAGUAAUUGGUCACAUGCGGUUAACCCAGACCAUUUGGUGGGCUUACUCGGAAUGAGUUCAGACCGGUUUGGAUUUCUGCUUGCUCCCACUAAUGAUAUCAAACAAGUCCGAGAAUGCCUUAGAGCUAUACGUUGUAGCAGCCAUGCGGAUUUUGAUUCUGCGCUUAUGACGGCAGCAGGUUUUCUUUUGAACAGGCCCCCGAACAUGAAUAACAGGUUGCUUUUCUUUGUUGCAAGGGGCUUGCAAUUAGAGUUUGGUGAGUUCAAGUAUGGGAGGAAGGAGCUUGGUAUCUUCAUUGUUCAUGCCAAUAAUGAUGGAAACAGCCACAUAAUAGACGUUAAAGAUCCAAAUUCUAUUUUUGAUGUCAUAUCCAAUUCUAUACUAAAAAGGGAUCUCCUUUACCUUGAGGAGAAACAUCAGAAAGAUGUCGAAGAGAAUGUUGAUGUUAUUAAACAACCGUUGGAACUGGUCUCACAAGGAGAGUGUUAAUGUUGAAGCGCCCGGAAUCCAAAGUUCUAAAAAGUUGGAGCAAUGCCACAAUAAGAAUAAAAGCACUGCCCAAGAGAAUGUUGAUGUUAAACAGCAGCUGGAACUGUCGCACAAGGAGAGUGUCAAUGUUAAAGCCCCUGGAAUCCAAAGUUUUAAAAAGUUGGACCAAUGUAACAAUGAGAAAAAUAAAAGCACUGCCGUUCAAAAAAAAAAAAAAAGAAGAAUAAAAGCACUGCAAAUGAUGAAACUGUUCAACCACAUGGAAUCAAACAGUACCCAACAAAAAAGACUCUCCCUUUCACUGAGAAGAGAGUUCAGCACAAUCCAAACGCUUGGAGUCUCAAGCCACAAAUGAAGCUUGGAGAGAAUGAAUAGGUGAAGUUGGAAGCCCUUUGAUGCAUGUCUGUUGCAUAAUUGUUUCCGUGUUCCUGCUUGUUGAAUAGCUAAUGUUUAUUUGCAAAACAAAACCAUCUAUGUGUUAUCGUCAUGAAUCUGUUAACUUGCCACAAGUGUUUGAAUGACUUAUUUAUGCAUUACAUUAUAUGUCC